AUGCGUGGGCAAAGUGUCCACGUGAUUCCGCGAUUCGUGAUGGAUCGGCAGAUACCGUGGGUGUCCACGCAACAGCGCGGCCCGUCGAGGAACACUGGAUAUCGUGGCCCUCCGGAUGCCGUCGAGGAAGGCAGACUGACGAUUCGCGGGACGAGUUCGCUAGAUAACAAAGAUGGCAGACUGACGAUUCGCGGGACGAGUUCGCUAGAUAACAAAGAUGGCAGACUGACGAUUAGAGGGACGAGUUUGCUAGAUAACAAAGAUGGUAGACUGACGAUUUGCGGGACGGGUUCGCUAGACAACAAUGCUGGCAGACUGAAGAUUAGCGGGACGAGUUCGCUAGACAACAAAGAUGGCAGACUGACGAUUAGUGGGACGAGUUCGCUAGACAACAAAGAUGUCAGACUGACGAUGAGAGCGAUGAGUUCGCUAGACAACAAAGAUGGCAGACUGACGAUUAGUUGGACGGGUUCGCUAGACAACAAUGCUGGCAGACUGAAGAUUAGCGGGACGAGUUCGCUAGAUAACAAUGAUGGCAGACUGACGAUUUGCGGGACGAGUUCGCUAGACAACAAAGAUGGUAGACUGACGAUUAGCGGGGCGGGUUCGCUAGAUAACAAAGAUGGCAGACUGACGAUAAGAGAGAUGAGUUCGCUAGACAACAAAGAUGGCAGACUGGCGAUUAGAGGGACGAGUUCGCUAGAUAACAAAGAUGGCAGACUCACGUUUAGAGGGACGAGUUCGCUUUACAACAAAGAUGGCAGACUGACGAUUAGAGGGCCAAGUUCGCUAGACAACAAAGAUGGCAGACUGACGUUUAGAGGGACGAGGUCGCUAGACAACAAAGAUGGUAGACUGGCGAUUAGAGGGACGAGUUCGCUAGACAGCAAAGAUGGCAGACUGACGAUUAGCGGGACGAGUUCGCUAGAUAACAAAGAUGGCAGACUGACGAUUAGCGGCACGUGUUCGCUAGAUAACAAAGAUGGCAGACUGGCGAUUAGAGAGACGAGUUCGCUAGACAACAAUGCUGGCAGACUGACGAUUAGCGGGACGAGUUCGCUAGACAGCAAAGAUGGCAGACUGACGAUUAGCGGGACGAGUUCGCUAGACAACAAAGAUGGCAGACUGACGAUUAAAGCGGGACGAGUUUGCUAG